UUCAAGGAUUUCCCAAAUCCAUCGCUUUCGGUGUUAUGUCAUUUUCAAGUACUCUCGCAAUCGUUGUUUGAGGUGUGUCAAGCGAGGCAGAGAAAUCUCACUCGUCUUCCAAUCUUCUUGGUGCAAGUGAAAGAUUUUUCUUAACGUUUCAUUGGCUUGGAAAACCGGUCUCCUCUUUGAAUCUUCCCGCAUCCCAUUCCCCUGUUUUUUUUUUUUUUCUUGGCACUCGCUCGCUGAGAUACAUAGCACUAUUACUAUGUACUGGAUAUUGCUUUCCUGGUUUUAUUUCCCCUAGUGUGCGUUGUAUUGCUUACCAAAAUACAUGUUAAAAUGAUAAAACAUCUAAACACAUUGUUCGAAUUUCCUAUGAUUACCGAAUUAGCUUAUGCAGAUGCUUUUGUUUAUGAAAUUUGGAUAACUUGACAGUGGAGACUGUGCGUAGGUUGGAUAGUUCUCGUGGAAUAUUUUCUGGAGUCUGGACGAUAUGUUUUCAAGAUGUUGAGUCUCCUAACAAUCGAAAUGGUGUUUGGUUAGAUCAAUGAGAUGGGUGUUCUGCUGUCCUUUAAUCAUUAUGUAAAAAAAAAAGUUCAAAGAUGUUAUUGUGAAAUAGCAUUUCUUGUUUCUUUGAUUAAGUUUGGAUAUCGUGGAAUAUUUGCUGGAAGAUGAUACUAUAUUUUCUGGAUUUUCUUACAGUCAGAAUGCUACUUUGGUUAUCGUGGAAUAAUUCUAUUUCUACUUGCUUAUCUUUUUUCCUUUUUGUAGCUAUAUUUGCAGUUUGAAGGAACUUGUCUUUCUGUUUGCCUUUAGAGACGUGGAGAGUUGUGGGAAGUAGUUAUUGAAUAUACUUCAAAUUCGGCUUAGCAAGCUACCAGCCUCAGAAGGUUCAGCAGGGGUGAGGUCCUCACCUGUUGAGACUGCAAUUGCAUGUCCCGACCAUCUCGUCCUGGCUGACCUGCCUGUAGCAGAGGGCAUUGGUGCAGCCACUGCCACUUCCCUUAUUAAGACUUUAGGACGGAGGUCCCGCCGUCAGCUUGGCAAGAGAGUUGAUCUCUGUGUUCGUUGUGAUUUCCCCAUAGCUAUAUAUGGACGAUUGCUGAAUCACAGGAAAGACUGAGGUGUUAUGAGAUGUGUUAUGCUUAUAUCCGUAAAUACAAAGAAUCUCAUUCUUACUCACACCAAAUUCUCUAGCGUCAACAAUGCAUAAAAGUGUACUCCCUCCGAUCCACUUUAUUGAUCACCUUCUAGAAAGGGAGGGUAAAUGGGAUGAAUGUAUGCUUCUUACAUUAUUUGACGUUGGCUUGCUACAACUGACAUCUUGUGGCUUUGCAGAGCCUUGUGAGCAUGCCUUCUGCUUUGAUUGUGCUAGAAGUGAUUUAAUGUGCUGCCUGUGUGAUGAACGAAUCCAGAAGAUUCAGGCCAUCAAAAUGAUGGAAGGAAUUUUUGUUUGCGCUGCUCCUCAUUGUCUCAAGUCUUUCUUGAAGAAGACUGAAUUUGAAUCUCACAUUCAAGACAACCAUUCUGAUCUUCUUCAGCCCAAUGCAGAUAGAGAAGAAGGAAAUGAGUCAGAGGCACAGAGUUUUAGGCAAUCUACAGCAUCAGACACCGCUGUUCAAGGUUCCCAGAGGCCAGUUUUUUCUCCUGGUUCAAAGUCGCAGCUUCAUCAUUGGAAAGACAAAAGUCGUCAACAGCCAAUGAGAGAGCAAUCCCCUUCAAGGCCAAUUCAACAGCCAAAGCCACCUUUUUUUUGAUCAAGCACUGAAUCCUUCUUCAGAUCCCCAAUCAUCAGGCAACCCUGGAGCUAUUUCAACAGGACUUCCAUCCACAGAGUUUUGACAUGCGGCACCCCCGACGUGAACCCUCCCAUCUCGUUGAGAGAGAGCAAGGAGUUAAUCCAAUUCCUGAUUAUCAAUCCUUGCAUUCUGUCAAGCCACCCAAUGUUGCCAUGCAAGCUAACCUAAUGCAUUGCCGAAACCUCCCAUAGCAUUUAGUAUCCACCUUAACCACAUGAGGGAGCUCAGCCCCUUUUAUUCUACAUCCUAUGACAUGCCUAGGCAGAACUGAUCUUCUGAAAUAGGUUUAAAUCAGGGUUCAUUACUGGGAUACCCACCAGGUCCUGUCAGUGGCCCAAACUUUCCAGCAAAUUAUCUUCAGUUCUGGAACGCAAGAAUUACUGUUGUGCCUUUUGAUAAGCUCAGGUUGGCAUGAUUAUUGAUCCAAGGGAUGCUAAAGGGAGAUAGGCGUGACGGUCAAUGCCCCACAGGAUCUCGUUUGUGGCCUCUGAAAUAGAAGUACUUUACUUUACAUGUUUGAUGGGCUUGGACUUCAUUGAACGUGGUUUUGGGUAGCAGCGUGAAACUCUGAUGUGCAUGGACAACCACAACACGAUUAACAAGGGUCCCAAUCAUCAGUUGCCUGUAUUACGGUAUCUUCUCAUAGAAAGUGCAGACUUCAGGGUGAUUCCUAUUUUAGUGUUUUAGACUUGAAAGGGUAAUAUUUUGAGCUGUCCGAUAUAAAUUUCAGUUGUCUUUGUAUAGUUUCUUACUCAUUGAAUUUUUAAGUCCUUCAAUAGGCGUCCGGUGACUAAAAUUUUUUCCCUCAAAAUAUGGAGAAGUAAUUGAGAACGGUUUGGCAUCGACUCUAUGUUCUAGUUGCUAUGGCUUCUUGUUUUAGGAUUCUUUCAGGGUUUCGGUGAUUUGAUAUCGCCCAUGAUAUUUAU